AUGGCAGCAUUGCAUGCUCCCCCGCGCAUGGUGCCUCGGGUGAGUCGGUUGCUGAUCUUGGCGCGGUUCGUGCAUGCGACAAUGUACUUCUCAUUUGUUGGUGAGAUCAACGUCGUGGCAUCCGAUACACCGCGAAAUGGGCUGACUCGAUACCUUGGAUCCGAUGCUGCGCGACCCCAAAUCAAGGACGAAAUACUGCAGCUGGAUGCUGGAUGA